AUGGCGGGCUCCCUUGCAAGCAAAUUCCUGGCCGCGGUGGCUGUCUGCGGCACCGUUGUUGCCGCUGCUCCGACGAGCCAAGAUCAAUUCGUUCUCAGGCCUGCUGCGGAUCUGACUCGCGUUCACGAAGAGCUGGACAAAGCCAAGGUCAUCCCUACCGUCCUGGACGACUUCGAGCCCAUCAUCGGCGUCGCGGCCGAGUGGUCCUCCUCCAAUGUGGCCGAUCUCGGGAACACCCUGAAGCCUGCCGAUCUCCAGUCUGCGCCUACCGUUGCCAUUGUUAGCGGCUCGUCAAUGACCAGCGUCAUAGCCACGACGUAUGUCUUGACUCUCACCGACCCGGACGCGCCUACUCGCAGCAACCCCAUCUGGUCCGAGUUCUGCCACUGGAUUGCCGUCAGCAGCUCUCCGACCAUCUCCUCUGGUAUCGAGCCGGCGGAUCUGGACGAGGUUAUCGAGUACAAGCCGCCGGGACCUCCGCCCAAGACUGGCAAGCAUCGCUACGUCUUCACCGCCUGGGUGCCUGCCAACGGAACCAAGGAGAAGCUGGAACUUUCGAAGCCGGCGGAGCGCAAGCAUUGGGGAGGCCAGGAGGGACGUGGAGUACAGAAGUGGGCUAAAGAGAAUGGCCUCGUUGCUGUCGGUGCCAACUUCAUUUAUGCCCAGAACGAAAAGCAGUGA